UUUCUAUGCUAAUUCUACAGAAGACGGAAUCGGAAAUCUCUUAUUUUGACUUGAUAAAUUUUGUUUGGUAAAUCACCAAAAUUUGAAUUCCUCAGCAUUCCUUACAUUUGAAUAUCGUCCUGUUUUCACCUGAAUAUGAAUGUCUUCGGUAACGACUUCAUUUAUGAUGUGGAUUUUUUUUACAAGACCUGAUUUUAUAAACAGAAUUAUUAAUUAGACCUGAGAAUAUUUCAAUAUACAAAAUGAUGUAUUUGAACGUAUGGAAAUGAAUAAAUAUAUUUUUCGUUUAGCUUCAUCAAUGAGGCGAAAAAAAUCACCUGUUUUGAUAAUUGCCUUUGCUCUGAUUCUCAUUAUAUUUGGUUUGCAUUACAACAGGAAUGUUGAGACAAUAGGUGUACAGAUUUUACCUAACUUACUGCAAGGAACAGUACAUCCAGAUAAGGUUAACUUUCUCAUCAAUAAUGAAUCUAGUAAUAUAGAAAAAACGAAUGAUUAUCUGCAGGACAAAUAUGAAAAAAUUUUAUCUAGAGAUGAAAUAUUCCCAAAUGGCUUGAAUUCAGUCGAUAAUAUUGUUCAAAUUGAUACAGAACAACAAUUAGGUAUACCUGUUGUUAAUUCUUACAACAAGCAUCCUUAUAUUCCUGGAAAGAGACUUGUCCACCUUGAUUUGAAAGGAGCUCCUCCAUUAGUAUCAUAUUAUCGAAGAUUUUUUCCCUUUAUUAAAAAUCUAGGAGCUACAGGUAUUCUUAUCGAAUAUGAAGAUAUGUUUCCCUAUGAUGGUGUCCUCAGAAAUUUGAGUGCAAAGAAUGGUUAUUCUAAAUUACAAGUUGCUGAAAUUUUGAAUCUGGCAGAAGAAUCGAAUUUGGAAGUAAUUCCAUUAAUACAGACUUUUGGUCAUCUGGAAUUUGCUCUUAAACUAGAAGAAUUCUUAUAUUUGAGAGAAGUCCCAAAUAGUCCACAGGCUCUAUGCCCCAAGAGAAAUGGUUCCCUUCAAUUCAUUGAAGAAAUGGUCAAUCAGGUCAUGGCACUGCACCCGAAAAUCAAAUAUCUCCAUAUCGGUUGCGAUGAAGUGUUUCAAAUGGCAGAAUGUGAAAUUUGUCGUUUGGAAUUACACGAGAUUUUAUUCUUACGCCAUGUUCAUAAUGUCAGUACUAUGAUACUGAAAAAAUUUCCGUUCCUGAAACUUAUAAUUUGGGACGAUAUGCUCCGUCAUAUUUCUCAACAGACGAUAAUAGACAUGAAUCUUGGAAAACUUGUAGAACCUAUGAUUUGGGUGUACGCAGAAGAUAUAUAUCGGUUUGUUCAGCCAGUUAUUUGGUCUAAAUAUUCGAUGAUUUUUCCCAGGGUAUGGGCUGCGUCAGCUUUCAAAGGGGCGUUUGGGGAAAGUCUAUAUGUUCCUGACGCUAGAAGACACCUUGAAAAUAAUUUAAGGUGGUUAGAUUUAAUGUCGCAUCAAUCUGAGGAUUUCCGAGGUGGUUUCGUUGGAUUGGUGUUAACCGGAUGGCAGAGGUAUGAUCACUUUGCAAUUUUAUGUGAAACGUUACCUGCUGCUCUUCCAUCUUUGGCCUUGAGUUUGACUGCCGUUACAUACGGAUAUUUCAACGGAUCACUCAAAUCGAUAUUUUUAUCAGCUUUGAGUUGUCCCAAAGAACAUACAGACUUGCCUUUCAUUUCACUUGAAUACGACCCUUUCCUUUGGGAAAAACUUGGUAGGUGUUUGUUUCCUGGUAGUCAUGUUUUCAGAUUGGUUCAUAAACUUAACAAUGCCGAAUCUGAAGUGAGCGAUUUCAUAAGACAAACUAAACAGAAAAAAGGGUGGUUAACCGAUUACAAUAGUCGUAGAAAAUUCAGUUCUCCGUUGAGGAUAGAAGAGAUUGUCGCUGAACUUCCUAGGUUGUAUCAGAACAUGUUAUCUUUGGUUAGAAUCAGCUUAGAAUCGAUGGAGAAUAUUUUUGAUAAUUAUACAAUUUCAGAAUGGAUAGAACAAAGAAUUUAUCCGUAUAUACUUCAGUUAGAGAAAAUAGAAAAAGAAAGCACUGCAAUAAAAAAUAUUAACGUUUGGCCAGCCAGACCGUUACCCAUUUUGCCAGAAUUAAAGAAAAUUAUGAAUGGAUUGACAGUUUAUUGAUAGCCAUUGUCAUAUUUCUAAAAAAAAAUUUUGGUAAAGUAUAAAUUGAAUCAGAUACAGAAGAAUAAAAUAAUAAUUUCAAGAAUAAAAUAAAGACAACUGAAUUUAUUUAAUCAACAUUUUUAAGAGCUUCAUAAUUGUGAUUUCUUAGUUAGUUAUUUGAAUGGAUCAUGAAACAAAUGCGUAAAGUGAAUACAAAAUGUUUUUGAAGUAGGAUUAAUCAAGCAUUGAGUAUUUUUCGGGACUCAAAUUUAUUUUAUUUUGUUGCAUUAGUUCUAUUCAUGAAAAUAAGUUUGAAGUAUUUUAUUGAUAGUUGAAUACCUAGGAAAUAAUUUGUAGUUUUUCCAAUUUACUGUAGUUGCCAUUAUGCACCUAAGAGUUUUGUACCUGAAUAUUUAUAUUAAGAAAUGUUCAAAUAAAAUCGCUUUAAUGAUUUAAUAAUGUCACUAAAAAUUUAAUAUGACAAAAGUGCAAAAUUCUAUUCACUCUACUCUGAGAUGAAAUAUAAAACUCCCACAUGUUAUAACUUUAUAGUGCCAUUAUUUUUAGAUCUUUAGGAACUAUUUCAGAUGAAUUGAUACUUUUAUUCGUCGGUUUAUAUAUUUCAAUAAUUUAUAAAUAUAUAAUCAAAUUUUUUUCAAAUAUAUUCUACACCUGCCAUUUCAAAAUAUUAACUUGUUAUAAAUAGUGUUUUUUAUACUUGUAUUGGUAAAAGCAUUUUCACAAAACACCUACCUGAAUUUUUGAAUAAUGGGAUUAGUUGUUGCUAACUAUCUGUUCAGGGCUUUUAGAGUUAAAAAUAUACUGUAACAAUAAUUUUUAUUAUAUAGCAAAUUUUUGAAUGAGGUGGUUGUAAAAAACACUGUAGAAAGAUUUUUUCUAAUAAAAUAAAGUUGAACAACUC